AUGGCUGCUCCAGCUCCCCAAGCCGCUACCUCCAAGUCGGCCAAGAAGAAGGCUGCCAAAGCCCAGGGUCGUACCGAAUCCCCGGCUCCCAGCACCGAGUCAGCCCCCACCGAGAAGGUAGCUGAGGCUCAAGACGAUGCCUUCGAAAGCCCUUACAUCAAGGAGCUGCAGAAGAACAUUCGCAACACGGCCAAGAAGCUGACCAACGCUUCCAAGACUGACACGCUGCUCAGCCAGCACGCCGGCAAGUCCCUCGAUGAACUCGUUGCAGAACGGAUCCUCAAUACCGACCAAAAGACCCAAAUUCUGAAGAAGCCUGCUCUUCAGGCUGCCUUGGCCCAGUACGAGGAGCAGCUUGCUCAAUACCAGAAAGUCCACGAGCAGUAUCAGACACGGGCGGCGGCCGACAAAGCAGAAUGGGCCAAGGCCCUCGAGAAGACCAAGGAGGAGGCUCUCAGUGAAGUCAAGGCUGAGUUUGAGGGCUCUCUGAAGUCCAAGCUUCUUGUUCUGUCGCAAUUCUUGCGUUUGGCAGCCUACCGCCGCGAGGAAUCUCAGGAGCCGGAGUCUGACGAGAGCCAAGCUAUCGAGGGUGUGCUGCUUGCCAUUUACUCUGGAGAUGAUAAUGCCGUCUCUGCCAUGGAGAAACUGAUUGAGGGCUCUGACGAUCAAAUCUUCAGUGUCCCUGGAGAACAGCUCCAGACAACUUAUGCCUCCGUCAAAUCACUGGCACAAAGCUACAACGCGCCAGGCUAUACCGAGGCUGCAGCUGAAGCACAGCCAGCAGCCGAGAUUGUGUCCGACCCGACCAUCGCCAAUGAAGCCGCAACUGAAAUUGCAGCUGGAGAUGGCAUUCUGACCAACGGACAUGAGCUUGUGGAACCCGAGCCUGCUUCCAAUGGUCUUGCCAAUGCCGACGUUGCGGACGAGGCAGCUAAUGCCGUUGCUGAGAGCCACUGGGAUACUAGCAACCAGGACAUCUCCAUUUCCCAGGAGUGGGUUGAUGUAGCUAUUCCCGCCGAGCCAGCUGAGCCUGAGGUCAGCGCCGAGGCUGCCACUCCUGAUGCUAACAAGCAGUCUUGGGCUGACGACCACCCUGACCCCGUCACUGAGGUAUCUGCACCAGCCGAUGCCAACGAUGGAUUCCACCAAGUCCAGCGCAAUCGGGGACGACAGGAUCGCGAGGGGAGCGGAGGACGUGGACGCGGUCGUGGCGACUGGCGCGGCCGAGGCGGCUAUCGAGGAGAUGGCCGUGGACGUGGCCGAGGACGCGGUGACCGAGGUGAUCGUGGCGGAGUCCCUUUCCGAGGACCUCGCCGCAACGAG